UAACCAUCGACUGUCUGCCACCCAUUGCCAGGAGAACAUCUCUGGUUCUUCUGCCUGCCAAAGGACUCCGGGCGCGAUUCGAUACCCCUCUCGCACCCCUCUUACUAAAAGCUGCAAUGUUUGCGCGGAGUCGGAUCGAUAUUCCAGAUCACGACGCUUACGAUGUUAUAAGAAAGUUAUAGAACCUGAUGGGACUUGUUGGCUUUUCUUCGUUCAUUCCGCCCUGUUCUUCCAUCAUGUCCCCUUCUUUCUCUGUCUCGCCAACUCGCAAGCUUGAACCCCCGAGUACAAAUACUAUUGGUUCAGUACUCCAACGGCACUUUCCGCCUUCGGUCCAGAUUCAAGAGGUAUAUCCCCUGGAGGGGCAUCUACAUUCCGUCAGUCUCCUGAUACUUUCAAAUGGAGACCAAUGGCUUCUGAAAUGUCCACCUCGGUCAACAACACCUCUUCUGCGGCGAGAACAGCUCCUGCUUGAGACGGAAGCACGAGCCCUGUCCAUUCUAGGGCAGAGUGCAACUCCAUAUGUGCCAUCUUUCGUACAUUAUGGCUUUCAAGGUGGCCCUUUCGGGUCUGCCUUCUUAGUCAGACAUUAUGUCACUGGCUCGACCUUGAAGGAGAUGGGACCCCGACUUACGACGCAAGAACGCCGAAAACUGGACAAAGAUCUGGGAUCGCUGGUCCAGCAGAUCGGACAACCCCUUUCAAGCUCCUUCGGCUCGCUGGAGCAAGUGGCCUGUGGGCGGGGAAAGCUCUCCUGGAGGGACGCUUUUGUCAUGCUCUUCGAGGACAUUCUGCGAGACUCAGAAGAUGCUUUUGUUCAUCUCCCCUAUUCGGAGAUUAGGCAUCACGUUUGCCGCUUGUCAAAUGCACUGGAAGAAAUCACCCUCCCACGGUUGGUAGUGAUUGGCCUAGGUCGGCCGUCACAAGUAUUUUUGGAUCCGGUGUCCAGGAAAUUGUCUGGAGUGACGGGCUUUGGCCAUGCACUAUGGGGCGACAUAUAUAUGGCAGAGGUCUUCGAAGACCCUUCGCCUGCCUUGCUCGAAGGCUUUGGCACUCGACUUACAAAGAGCGAGUCACAGGUGACUCGUCAAUUACUGUAGGUGACUCCGCACUCGCCCAGUAUUGUCAAAUGAAGCUAAUGAUCGGUUCAGUUAUGCUUGCUACCGCUCUGUCCACAACAUCACAAUACACUAUUAUCGCGAUAAAGACAUGGCUGCUGAGAUGGAGGCGAGGAGACGGCUAACGACGACCUUGGCAGAAAUGAAUGCCAUUAGAGGGGCUCGAUGAUGCGCCAGGAGGAAACUGGUUGGCAACAAUCAGCUCAGUUCUCUUCGGUUGUUACACUCCUGGCCAUCAUCGGGUCGGGAUGAUGAUUGCAUGACUUGAAUGC